AUGUCCUCCCAGAUAAUCUCGGCGAUUCAAAUCGCUUACGACCCCUCCGCCGACCCAGCCCUCAAACGACAGGCCUUUGACUAUGUCAACCAGUUGAGGCAAGAGCCUUCAGCAUGGCAACCAUGUCUGGCCAUCUCCCUCCAAGUCCCUCGUCAGCCCAUGGUCAUUCGAGUCUACUGCCUCGAGAUCGUCAAUAAUGCAGUCCAGGGUGGUCUGGUGGAUCAACAAGGCUUAAAAACCAUUGAAGAUCAGCUCAUGACAUAUCUGCGGAAAUUCUACGGGGAACCAGGCCAGACAGACACGCCAGACCCUGGAACGAUCGUCAACAAGUUUGCUCAGACUGUGACUUUCCUGUUCUCAACCUUCUACGGAUCCGGGUGGGAGACUUGCUUCGAUGAUUUGUUGGCCCUGACCUCGACAGGAACCGGGCCCAAAGACAAUUAUCCGGGACUAAUCUUCUAUCUUACGGUCCUCAAUGCCAUCCACGACGAGAUUGGGGAUCAAUUGCUUUCCAGAUCUCGGGCUGAACAGGACAGAGCAAAUACCUUGAAAGAUCUGAUUCGAGCCCGAGAUGUUCAGAAAAUCGCGCGGUCCUGGGAGGAGAUCCUGUCCCAUUGGGGGACUUCCAAUGAUGUGGUGGCCGAGCUGUGCCUGAAAGCUGUUGGGAAGUGGGUUAGCUGGAUCGAUAUAUCCUUUGUGGUAAACCAGUCGAUGCUCGAACUCCUAUUUCAGCAGCUGGAACGGGCCCAGAAAGUCGAUCCUCGCAAGAGUGAGGAGCAAGCAAGAGACGCAGCCAUCGAUGUCUUCACAGAGACGGUCGCAAAGAAGAUGCCAUCUGCGGACAAGGUCAACAUGAUCACCUUCCUUAAUCUCGAAACAGUCGUCUCGCGACUCGUGACUUGUCCGCCUCUGAGCGACAGCAGAGCGUCAAACUACGAUGUCGAUCUUGCUGAAACGGUUGCAAAACUCGUCAACACUACAACCAUGGAUAUUGUCAAAGUGCUGGAGACUGAGACCCAAGGCUCACCGACUUGGGCAAAGGCUGAACAGCUCCUGGCCGCGUUUCUGCCACACUUACUUAGAUUUUUCUCCGACAUAUUCGACGAAGUCUGUUCGACGGUUCUCAAUGCUAUGAACGAUGUUCUCACUUUCUUGAGACGCGCUAGCCAGGGAGAGGCCGCCUCUGCCCAAAGGGCAGCAAUGCUUUUGCCCAUCCUCAAGGCAAUAUUCUUGAAGAUGAGGUAUGAUGACACUGCCGACUGGGGUCAAGAGGAUGAGCAGACAGACGAAGCAGAGUUUCAAGAGUUGAGAAAACGGUUGGCAGGCUUGCAGUCAGCAAUUGCCGCCGCGGAUGAGCAGCUCUACAUUGAUGCGAUCUCAGCACUCGUUCACGACACCUUUGAACGACUACGAUCGGAAGGAUCGCAGCUCAAUUGGCGCGACUUGGAUCUUGCGUUGCACGAAGUCUAUCUGAUAGGGGAUUUGGCUGUGAAGGGAGGUGGGCUUUACCAGAAGAACAAGCCAAACUCGCCUGCCGCAGAAAAGCUAGUGCGGAUGAUGCUGGAAAUGGUGCAGUCGAACACAGGCUCCUUCGCGCACCCUGCCAUACAGCUUCAAUAUAUGGAGAUCAGCGUCAGAUACAGCUCCUUCUUCGAAAAGCACUCAGAAUACAUUCAGCCAGUUCUGCAAAACUUCCUCGAGCUCGCCCACCAUCCGAGCUUGAAAGUCAAGGCACGCGCAUGGUAUCUUACUCAGCGUCUCGUCCGUCAACUUCGUGCUUUUGUGGGCAAUGCGGCGGAGGCGGUUGUACAGAGCCUCCAGGAUCUGCUAGCCAUACGAGCGGAGUUGCCCAGUGAAGAAGACGGAGAUGAUAUGUCCUCCGAUGGUGAUUCAGCCUCCGAUUCUACGUUUACCAGUCAGCUAUAUCUGUUCGAAGCUGUUGGUUGCAUCUGUGGUGCAAGUACUGUCCCUGCAGAGAAACAGGUACAAUAUCUAUCUGCUGUCAUGCAGCCGCUCUUCGCCGAUAUCGAGCGUAACUUGGAGGCCGCUAGAUCGGGAAAUGAGCUUGCCGGUCUCCAAGUGCAUCAUGGUAUCAUGGCGCUCGGUACAAUUGCUCGAGGUUUCUCCGAUUUCAAUCCUGGAGUUGCUACGCAAGGAAGCGGAGUUGAGCCAUCGCCCCAGGCAAAGCAGACAUUUGCACAGGUCGCUGAGGUGACGCUUGUCUCUUUGACGGCGCUCAACUCGUCCUUCCAAAUAAGGACCGCCGCAAGGUUCGCCUUCUCACGCUUGAUCGGCAUGGUCGGAACCCAGAUGAUGCAGCAACUGCCCCAAUGGGUUGACGGUCUACUGACUGACUCUUCGACGAGGGAUGAGAUGGCGCUAUUCCUCCGACUACUGGACCAAGUCAUUUUCGGAUUCAAGAACGACAUACAGGAUUUUCUCGACCGGCUCUUCUCAGGACUUCUUCAAAGAGUCUUUGUUGGCAUAUCUGCAGCCACUGCAGGGACUGACGACGAAAUCGAGUUAGCAGAGCUGAAGAGAGAGUAUCUCAAUUUCCUCAUGGUGAUCCUGGGCAACGAUCUGGGCGCUAUUUUGGUCAGCGCCAGAAACCAGCCGAUCUUUGAGUCUGUGAUCGGCUCCAUCGAGCACCUUGCGAGAGACGUGGAAGACUUCCCCACUGCGAAGAUGGCAUUUUUACUGCUUUCAAGGAUGUGCACAGUAUGGGGAGGACCUGAUGUGGUUUCCGCAACAGGCCAGGAGAAUGUCAAUGUCCCCGGCCCGCAACCUGUCCUUCCUGGCUUUGAUCAAUUCAUGAUGACUCGAUUCUCACCACUAUGCUGGGCUCUGCCAACUAAUCCUUCGUUUAAUAGCAAGGAUGCACAGGCGCGGCAAGCUCUUUCCGAGGCCGCUGGCCUCCAGAAGACCAUCUAUUCAAAAACAGGUCAGCAAUACCUGACUUGGUUGCAAGAAAAGGAGUUGAGAACAAUGGGCAUGAACGAUACCCUGAUCAAUGAAUAUUUGCAGAAAUUGGCGACCAUGGAACCGAAGGCGUUCAAGGUCUUUUUUGCGAAGUUUAUCGCACAAGGGGGCCAGAUGUGA